UAAGAAUCCAGGUUACAGAAGCAAAUUCACAAAUGUCCAGAUCAUGGCACUACUACAUUCUUGUGUUAUCUUGGGCACACGACAAAUUCAUUUGACAAAUACAUGGCAGAGCGCCUACUAGUUGCUGGACAUUGCUUUAGGCACUGGGGACAGAAUGAACGAACCCUUAUUUGAACUUAAGUUCAAAAUGCAAAUCUAUGCCCUUUACAGCCUCGGCUUCCUGGUUUCAGUGGGUAACGUGAGGCGGCUGGCCGGCUGGGACCCGCCUAGACAACCCAAGUACAACCACCACCUUGUCCCCUUACAGCCCGGCCGCCGCCUGAACCACCGGCCGGCUGUGUCGGGAUCCUUCGCGCUCCGCUUCCGGCCUCCGCACAAGACUUCCGGUCGGCCGUUCCUUCCUUCCGCUUCUCUAUGGUGCGCAAGCCACAGAGUCCCCGACGCCGGAAGUGGCACGCUCUCCGGGACGCUUCUGGGUGCUGUGUGGUAUUCAACGUUAUUUACCACUCAGAUACCAUAUAAAGCCCAGCUCCCAGAUCAUCUUCAUUGCCUUCCCCAGUGCAACGCCUGCUGCUUUAAUGUCCACGACCACCCUGGAGGUCUCUGCUGUUCUCUCCUGACUUUACCAAACAACGAUGUCAUCAGAAUCAAGCAAAAAACGAAAGCCCAAAGUGAUCCGAAGUGAUGGAGCACCAGCUGAAGGGAAGCGUACUCGUUCUGACACUGAGCAGGAAGGUAAAUACUACAGUGAGGAGGCUGAGGUGGACCUUCGGGACCCUGGCAGAGACUAUGAGCUGUACAAGUACACGUGCCAGGAGCUGCAGAGGCUCAUGGCCGAGAUUCAGGACCUGAAGAGCAGGGGCGGCAAGGACGCGCAGGCGGUUGAGAUAGAAGAUCGGAGGAUCCAGAGCUGUGUGCAUUUUAUGACUCUGAAGAAGCUUAACCGAUUAGCCCACAUCAGGUUGAAGAAAGGAAGAGAUCAGACCCAUGAGGCCAAGCAGAAAGUGGACGCCUAUCACCUGCAGCUCCAGAACCUGUUGUAUGAGGUGAUGCACCUGCAGAAGGAGAUCACCAAGUGUCUGGAGUUUAAGUCAAAGCACGAAGAAAUCGAUCUGGUCAGCUUAGAGGAGUUUUAUAAGGAGGCUCCUCCAGAUAUCAGCAAGGCGGAAGUCACCAUGGGAGACCCUCACCAGCAAACCCUUGCACGCCUGGACUGGGAGCUGGAGCAGCGGAAAAGGCUGGCGGAGAAGUACCGAGAGUGCCUGUCCAACAAGGAGAAGAUCCUCAAGGAGAUUGAGGUGAAGAAGGAGUACCUGAGCAGCCUCCAGCCUCGUCUCAACAGCAUCAUGCAGGCUUCCCUCCCGGUGCAGGAGUACCUGUUCAUGCCCUUUGACCAGGCUCACAAGCAGUACGAGACAGCCAGACACCUGCCGCCUCCCCUCUAUGUGCUCUUUGUCCAAGCCACUGCGUACGGGCAGGCCUGUGCUCAUAGGAAAUCUUCCCAGCCCCCUAGACAGGAUAAGACGUUGUCUGUGGCGAUCGAAGGCAGCGUGGAUGAGGCCAAGGCUCUCUUCAAGCCUCCCGAGGACUCCCAGGACGAUGAGAGCGACUCGGACGCCGAGGAGGAGCAGACCACGAAACGCCGGCGACCCACACUGGGAGUUCAGCUAGAUGACAAGCGCAAGGAAAUGCUGAAGAGGCACCCGCUGUCUGUUCUGCUGGACCUGAAGUGCAAAGAUGACAGUGUGCUGCACCUGACUUUCUACUACCUCAUGAACCUCAACAUCAUGACGGUGAAAGCCAAAGUGACCACCGCUACGGAGCUGAUCACCCCCAUCAGUGCGGGUGACUUGCUGUCUCCUGACUCAGUCCUGAGCUGCUUGUACCCUGGGGAUCAUGGAAAGAAAACUCCAAAUCCAGCCAAUCAGUAUCAGUUCGAUAAAGUUGGCAUCCUGACUUUGAGGGACUACGUACUUGACCUCGGUCACCCCUACUUGUGGGUGCAGAAGCUGGGUGGCCUCCACUUCCCCAAAGAGCAGCCCCAGCACACUGUGAUCGCAGACCACUCGCUGAGCGCCAGUCACAUGGAGACCACCAUGAAACUGCUGAAGACCAGGGUGCAGUCCCGCCUCGCCCUCCACAAGCAGUUUGCCUCCCUGGAACACGGCAUUGUGCCGGUUACCAGCGACUGCCACUACCUCUUCCCUGCAAAGGUUGUCUCUCGCCUGGUGAAGUGGGUGACGAUUGCCCAUGAGGAUUACACGGAGCUGCAUUUCACCAAAGACAUCGUGGAGGCGGGACUGGCUGGGGACACCAAUCUCUACUACAUGGCACUCGUGGAGAGGGGCACAGCUAAGCUCCAGGCUGCUGUAGUGCUGAACCCCGGCUACUCCUCCAUCCCACCCAUUUUCCAACUCUGUCUGAACUGGAAAGGGGAGAAAACCAACAACAACGAUGACAAUAUUCGGGCCAUGGAGAGCGAGGUCAACGUGUGCUACAAGGAGCUGUGCGGCCCGCGGCCCGGCCACCAGCUUCUGACCAACCAGCUGCAGCGCCUGUGCGUGCUGCUGGACGUCUACCUGGAGACAGAGAGCCAUGACGACAGCGUGGAGGGGCCCAAGGAGUUUCCCCAGGAGAAGAUGUGUCUGCGGCUUUUCAGGGGUCCCAGCAGGAUGAAGCCGUUUAAAUAUAACCACCCUCAAGGAUUCUUCAGCCACCGUUGACGUCGCGCUCAGCCUGUUUCCCCACAGACCCUAAGUGCUGCGCCUCUGCUUCCGGCUCGGGCGCACACGUGGCUCUUGAUAGUCUCCCAGGACAGGUUUUCUAUUUCUAGCCUAUUAAAAUGUCACCUGACCAAGCGGCCUUUGUCUGCGGCUCCUUGGGGGAGGCAGUUGGGAGCAAGGCACAGUGUGAACGCGCACGAGUGGAUAGCUUUCCCUGGCUGGCCAAGAAGAGCAGAGUGAGGAUUCCGGCUCUGCAGCAGACCCUCAGUCUUCACGUUUGUCAGCCAAGUCCCUGCUGUUAGCGGGUGGCAGGGGACGCCACAGUCAGCAUAGUAGAAAAAGCAAAAGCUCUUCCCCCGUCCCCUCACUCUGACCCUGUCAGUGUCUCCAGCCGCCAAAUUCCCCUGACUGGUGGAUGUUACAAACAUCUGACAGCGCAAUACGUCCCAGAGAAUAAUUGUGAAUCUCGCAGGGUGUCGUGAAGUUGAUGAGAGUGAUGUCAGAGGGUCUCAGGCAGAGCUGCUGUCCAGUGAUACUCUGGCAGCGUGAGAGCAGGUGACUCCAGAGGAGAGGCUUCACGGUGAGGGCACGCUAGGAACCUCAGAAAAUAAUGGUUUGAUUCUCAGAGGAUUAGGAGAAGUCCUGAGGAAAUAGGUGAAAGUGAAGUCACUUAGUCGUGUCCGACUCUUUGCGACCCGUGGACUGUAGCCCACCAGGCUUCUCCAUCUAUGGGAUUCUCCAGGCAAGAAUACUGGAGUGGGUUGCCAGUUCCUUCUCCAGGGGAUCUUCCCAACCCAGGUCUCCUGCAUUGCAGGCAGACACUUGAACCUCUGAGCCACCAGGGAAGCCAGAGGAAAUAGGUAACACCCUCUAAAAUGUUUUAAAAAACUAUCUCCUUUAUAAUUCUGCAAAAGUCAAACAGAAACAAAGGAUAGCAUAGAGUGUUCUUAAACAGUUUUGUCAGAAAACUUAUGCCCCAUCCCCCCACCAAAAAAUCAGUACUCAACUCCUGGUUUAAGUAAUAAGAUACAAAGAUGUAAAAAAAUACUGAAGCAUUAUUACAGAGUUGCAGGUAUAAAGUUGGCUAAUUAAAAAAUGAAAUAAAGUUUAUUUUUCCAG